UUUCCAUGAACCCGGACCCAUAGCCAUUCCCAUAACCCGGACCGAAAGCCGAAAGGCAUUAUGGAUAACAAAAAUUAAUAGAAAAAAUUGGGAACCUACGCCCAACUCACACAUUUGUGAAGUUCAUUUUUCUGAGGAUAUGUGGGAGAAACCUCGAAUUGAUGGAAAAAGAAAAUUAAAAUCCAAUGCAAUACCAACCAUGUUUCUCAAUAUCCAACCAAUAGAAGAAAACAAGGAAUCUGCUCAUAUAAGUAAUCAUCUCGAAGAUAUUACAACUGUAUUGGAUACACCAAUUGAAGCUUCAACAAUACAAAGCUACAACAUGGAGGGCACCCAAUCAACAAGCAUAUCAGAGAAUAAUAUAGUAACAUUGGAAUCUGCUUUAUUGCAAAUACAAACUUUAACAAAGAAAUAUAAUGAAGCAAAUGAGAAAUUGGAAAUCGCCGAAACAGUUGUCCGUAAAGCGAACAAGACCAAACGAAAGUUACUGCAACAAAUAAGGCAAUUAAAAAGUAAAAAUAGAUUAAGAACAGAGAAAUCUGCGAUUCUCAGAUCCUCCGAUUUACUUCGGAAAGUAUUUAAUAACUGUAAUAUUUAUUAUUUAUUAUUUAUUAUUAUUUUUUAUUGUCAUUAUUAUUAUUAUUAUUUAAUAUUUAUUAUUUUUCAUUUAUUAUUUAUUUUAACACCUGUAAUUCCUCUUGAAGCUGAGAUUGUUAUUCGACGAUACAUAUCUUAUUUAAAGUCUGUUAAUUGCUAUUUGCUAAGUUUUUUUUUAAAUAAAAUGAAAGAUGUAAUGUGACAUACUCAAGGACUGUCAUAAAAUUUCACAUAUAAUUAUGAAGCGAUUAUUCGAUUUAGAUUAAAAAUCGAAUGCCAGAAAGGUCGUUUAAUCACACCAGUGUACAGUAGUACAACAAUGGCACGACAUUCGAUUUUAAGAUAAAAUGUUGAUAUAUUUU